UGGAGUCUCGCAGAAAGAACAUCAACUCCCUUACCAACACUUGUUUCUUCCGGAAGAAAUCAUAAACACCUAUUUCAAGAGAUGUUGAAUUAAUUUUGUUACUAUCGAAUAUGUUUUCCCCGAAAAUAGUACUUUUCCUAUUUUGGGUCAUAGGAAGUUCGUCAUGUCAAAAACUUUGGCAUUCUAAUUUUAUGGGAGUCUCUGAUAAACCCAGAAACGAAUUCACUUUGAAAAAUAUAUCGGUGGAUCAAAAAUUCUCCCUGAACACAACGGUUGAUUAUUGGAGAUCUUUAAACUCCAGGUAUUCAUCAUUUGCUGCCGGUGUUUCCAAUGGAACCAUCUUAAUUCUGAAAGUUACGAAGACUGAAGAUCCUAGAAACUUUAACAUCACUUGGAAAUCGAAGGAAGUCAAUGAGAACUUCGAAGAUGCAGUACUGGUCAAUGUACCAUACCAGAAUAAAAAGGGUGGUGAGGUUUUCCUUGUAUGUAUAUCUCCUGAUAAAAAGUUAUAUUGGAUCAAUGUUGAAAACUUGGAGCUGGUCUGGAGUUGGAAACUAGGGUACAAUGCUGACAGAAUAAAAUUCGGUUUCAACAAUGUCCUGAACAGAAAUCAGUUAUUUUUAACAUCCAAAAACAACAUGAACGUAUAUAAUUUCGAUGUGGAAAAAAGACAGCUAUGGUUGGCUGAAACUUUAGAAUGUCCAGAUUCGAUCGGCUUAUUCGAUAUGAUAUCUUUUCGUAAUCGAUUUUACCUACUUGUACCACAGAAACAACUUCAGCAACUAAGGAUAUACAGGUAUAUCCAUCAUUUCGAAAUCUUCAAGGUUUUGCCUGCUGAAGGCAUUGACCAAGUGGUGGCUUUUCAAAUUAACUACAAAUCGUUUUUUGCUGUUGAUGGUUUGGAGUCAGGGAUAUAUCAGUUCGACAAACGCAAUCGAAUCCGUUUGGAGAACAUCACCAACUCACAUCUCGAGGGAAUCAAGUAUUGGCUGCCGAUAAAAGUGAACAAUCUGAGGAAAAACUUCAUACUCUUCGCUCAGAGGGAAGUUCAUCACGGUACUUUAAAAUCUCUCCUACCAGAAACGUUCAUAUACAACGGAGAGCAUUUCGAAGAACACGAAGAUAUACCCUGUCACAUUUUUGGCGAAGAAUUCAAUUCCUUGAACUGUUUAACCAGCGCCCAAGACUCCAUUGGAAUACAUGGAGCUGCUGCUAUUUCUGUAGGAAACAAUUUGGGUCUGUUGCUCGCGAAAAAGAGUCCACACAAUCUUUUCAAAGUUAACUUCGAUGUCAGAGACGUUGAGAGUCCUAUAAGGGAGAAGAUGAAGGAAGUGAAGCAAAUAAGGGAACAUUUACAGAAACUCCUGGAUGAAAGACUGAAGAAUCAAACUUCAAAUCCUGUUGUUUCUAAGGCACCUCUUACAGAGCCUGUCCAGGGAGAGCCUUUGGAGACCAGUGCAUCAUACGCAAGCGAAAAGCCACUCUUCGUCGAAAACCAAAGCAAAGCACCUAUAGUUGGGGCAAAAAAUAGCGCCGUACUGUUGGAGAAGAUCGAUAUGUUGAUCGAGAGAUUGUCACAGUUGAAAGAAAAAAUGGAUAAGGUCAAGGAGAUGGAAGAAGCUGGAAAUUUCAAGAAACUCAUCAUCAGCGGUAAAGCUAAAAUAGAGAAUGUAACUGUGGACAAGGUGAACAGCCAAUACGUGAAUGAAGAGCCUGUUAACGACAUUUUUGAAGAUGCUGUGAGAAAGAACAGCAACGAAACAGUGAAAGGAACAAAAACGUUCACAGAUCUCAAUGUGGAACAUCUAUUUUUCGGUUCCAUAAACGGCAUCCAAAGCAAGGAUAUAAUGUUCCAUGAUUCCGAUACAGUUAUGAUCAAUGGGAAUGUGAUUUUCGAAAAGCCCAUAGCUAUCAUGAAGGACAUCAAAGCGGAAACGAUCAAUGGAAUGCCUUCUUCUUCUAUUCCGAAUAUGGGAGAACAUAUAGAUGGUACUCUUUCUUUCGAGAACCUGAAGGUGUACAACAUGGAAGCAGAAAUUGUAGGUCAAUUUCCAGACAUCUCCGACCCUACAGACGCAAACCUCGUCACCAUCGGAGGAUCUGUGAUCGACAUCCCGAAUAAUGUUACCGUUAAAAGGAUAAAUGGGGAAGAUUUCGAAGGAUUAAUGAAGCAACUGUGCUUGGUCAACAUUCCAAACCACAUAGAAGGCACUGUCAAGAUCCAAGGGAAUGUGACAUUCGAAGAGCCUUCUUUCGUUGAUCAUCUGAAUGAAAUUAGUUUUCCAGAGGAUUAUGUUCUGACGAGCGAUGAGAAGGCACUGUUUAUCACAGGUAAAAAGAUAUUCAGAAACACUUUGAUAGCGAAUAUCUUGAACUCAAACGAAAACUACAUAAACGAAUUCAAAUCUGUGGAUUUUUUCACGCUUUCUACAACCCAACACGUCAUGGGUGAUGCCACCUUCCCAAACUUGGAGAUUACGAAAAAAUUCUUGCAUGAGGGCAAAACCAUCGGAAAACAGCUCAAAAAUCUCCUUCCAAAUCCAACUCUGGCCGACACGUUCAACAUAACAGCAAGUGUGAAUUUCGAGUCACUAGAGGUGACAGGAUCUGUUAUUGUUGAAAAUAUGGAUAGCCUAAACUAUGGGAGAAUUCUGGAAGACAUAAUUUACAAGGACGAGCAAAACCAAACAAUCAACUCGAUCAAAGAAUUUUCUGAAGGUUUAACCAUCAAGGACAACUUGGAAAUAACGACGAAAUCCAUCAAUAGGAUACCACUAGAUCAGAUAGUUACCAAAGAUACCCAACAAAUCCUUAAUUUGCCACAAUUGAAUGGUAAUGUCAGCAUCGAGAACGUGAACACUGAAAGAAUGAUCAACGGUGUGAACAUCACCAAGCUGGACCAGGAGUCUGUAAAAACUUUCGGAGAACAAUUCAUCUCGUCUUUCCUCAUAUUCGAUGAAGACCUGGUGGCUGAAAAUUUGGAAGUGAAGGAAACACUAAACGAGAUACCGGUGGAAAACUUUUACGUCACAACAGGCGACAGAAUCAUAAGCCAAAAACCGAAAUUCGAUCAAGUUGAAAUAGAAAACUUGAGCGUUUCUAAGAACGUAGAGGGGGCUUUCACUCAAAUGAAUUUGGAAAAUUUCACUAAGAGUCGUUUAACGUACAGUACACCUCAAAAUUUGACCCAGAAUAUCAACUUGGUGGACUCUAGAACCGAUAAAAUAAGAUGCCUGUCGGAUACAGCCUUGUGUAAAACUAUACCGAACGAGAAAACAAUAGAGGAAUCCAUGAUCGCAAAGAUUUCAUCUGGAAAAAUUUUGGUUAAGGAGCUUCUUGUUAAGGACGAUCUUGAAGUGGAACAAAUGAAUGGAAUCCCAUUGAGCCAAGCAGAAGACUUGAACAGGAACUCUACAGUAGUUGACGGGAACGUUUACUUCACCAACCUGAAAGUAUCCAAGCUCAGUGGCGUCCCUAUAAGGGAGGUAUUGGAAGAUUGCAUCUACAAGAACGACACUGAUCUCGAAAUCAAGGGCUUGAAAGUUUUCCAAAAGGGUUUCGUGGUCGAAAAACUUAUUGAAACUGAGAGGUUAAACGAUGUACCUAUUGAUAAUCUGAUGACAAAACAGGGAGAACAGAUCAUUGAAGCACCCAUAGAAAUAUUCGGAAAUGUUACUUUCAACAAUGAUGUGGAUAUAAUGCAAACAAUAAACGACGUCCCAGUGCAAGAAAUCCAAGAUUAUUUCGAGUAUAAGGAUGACAUUUACUUCAUUAAAGCUGAUGUACUGUUCAACCGUCUGACCUAUAUAAGGGAUCUCGAUGUUUUCGGAAACAUAAAUAAUAAGCGUUCGGAAGAUGUUUUGGCAAAUAUUGUUUAUCUCAAUAAAAAUUACCAGUUCUUAGAUGAAAUUGAAUUUACUGAAAAUGUGGUAGUUGAUGGAAAUUUGUACAUAAAGAACAACCUCAAUGGUAUUAGUUUAUCGGAUAGUAAUGAUAACAUUGUCUAUUUGAAUAAAAUCAAAGAGAACACCAUAGAAAGUCCUGUAACUUUUACGGAUGAAAACGUUUUCGCUCAUAAUCUCUUGAUAGAAACAGAUUUGAUAACCAAAUGGAUGCGAGGUUUGAACCUGACCACUUUCAGGGAGAACGCCAUCUUUCUAAAUCGAGGAUUCCUCAAAGGUACUUACCACUUCCAAAAUAUAACACUCAACGAGAAUCUCCUCACUGGGUUCAUCAACAGAGUGGAUAUGUCAAAGACAAUUCCACUUGGAUCGGAUCAAGAUAUCGAUGGUUUGAAUAUUGAUUCGGCUGCAUUCCUCAACAACGUAACUGUGGAAAGUUCUGUUAAUGGGUUUGAUUUACGUGAAGAAUAUGCCAAAAGUGUUUUGAGCAACCAAGAGCAGACCAUCCUGUCAGAAAUAUACUUCAAGAACAACACCCUCAUAAGACAUAACCUAGAAGUGGGGGGAUUGUUGAAUGGCUAUCGCAACGAUAGAAUAGUAACGACCGAUACCAACCAAACCCUUAGGGCUACCUACAAUUUCACCUCCAAAACGCUUAUAGAAUCGAACAUGUACGUCACUGGCUUGGUGAACUCUAUCCAAAUGUCGGAUUGGGAAGAUGGAGCCUUGAAGGCUUCAUCCAAGGAGCCCCAAGCUGUUUUAGCCCCAUGGCAUUUCGGUGGGAAUCUAACUUUCGAGGAAAGCCUAGAGAGUGUGAACGGUAUAUACGAUUUCGAUGUUGAGGAAGAAAUGCAACUGAUGAAAGAGGAGAAAGAUUAUAAGUUGAAGAUGGACUCACAGUACGAGAAAGAUUACAACAGCAUCUGCCUGGAUAUCCGAACGUUGAACAGAGAAUCGAAGAAGCAAACAUAUAAAUUCCAGAAUUUGGAGGAGAUGCAACAGUUCCAAUACCUCCGUUCCAUCGCGAAAGCCCACUUCUUCAAUUUCGACAAACCUUCAAUGAUUUUGAAUGGACCAGGGGUAUGUUCAGUGGAUAUUUUCCAUUUGGAAGAUGAAAGUUUCACCAAGAUUUCCUCGAUUUUAAUGGGUGAAAUCGAUCAGAUAAUAACAGUACGAGAUGAGGGUAGUCUUUUCUUUGUCGUGAAGACAAAGCCGAAUCCAAAAUGUGAUAUGAAUGGUACCCUUGUAUGGCAAUACAAAAACGAUAAUUUAUUGAAAGUACAAAACAUAGAAAAUCAGCAGCUUCUCCAAGAAUCUCUCAUUCCUCUCACAUUUUACGGAAUGGACAAGAACGGUGUCACAGAGUUCAGAAUAGACAUGUCAAAAGCGAUUUCUGUUGGAGCUUACAGAAAAUGGAAAAUUCGCGAAGAAAAUGCAGCAUUUAUGCCUCGAGGAUUGGGAACUGGUUUAGCUGUAAGAACUGGAAAAAAAAUAAUCAAACUGUUGAGGGAGGAGCCGUUGAUGGAUAACGAUAUUGGGUUUGAAAGUUCCACCAUCAGGGGUGAGAUGAAAGUUUUCGAUAGCAACGUUAUACCUGGAAGAAACAAUAAUAAGAUAGCCGUGGUGCAUGUUGGACCAAAGAACUUACGGAGGACUUUCCUAGCUAUAGUUUUCCACGAGGAUACUGUAGUUGGUAGAAACUUUGAUGUUAUGAAGGUUUACGAAGAUUAUUCAGAAAAUAGGAUAUUCCAAGAGAUUUCUACAUAUAAUCCAACAUCAAUUGCAUCCUUGGAAUUGGAAAAUGGUGAAACCUUCCUGCUGAUACUGGAGAAUGAAGAACGGUUACAAAUUUACCGUUAUAGAGGGGUUGAGGGAUUCAGAAAGCACCUAUCAGCCGAACUACCCGGAAGUCACAUGUUCAAGAUGCCCCUCCCUGUGGGUCCUUCCGGUCGCCUGGUGGAAACAGUGGCAGUUGUCGAUAAAGAUAAGAUAACGAUUUUGAAGCCAGUCAUGAUUGGCAAUCCGGCCAAAGAAGAUAUUGAAUGUUCGUAAAUAUUUUUAUUACGUGUAUUGUUAUGUUAAGUUUACAACUUCGUUAAAUUAAAAUAUACGCUAUUAAAUUGUUA